GCUGUAUUAAAUUUUUUUAUUUUUUUAUUGAUAAAACAAUAAAUAAACAGUUUAAAAAAAAAACUCACUAGGGGCGGCGCUGAAGUGGGGUUGCACAUGCGUGGUAUGCGCUGCAAAGCCGGCAGAUGGAUAGGCAAGAUGGUCAGGUGUUGCCUCAGUGCUGUAGAGGAAUAAUGACGGCCAUAUUGUGAGCUGGCAAACUAGCCAGAACAAUUUUCUCUCUUGUUGUUUUCUUGACCCUUAGUUCAAUAUCCCCAUCUCAAAAGAAAAAGGACAAACCUGGAUGGUACCCCCACAUCCAAGAACCCCAAUAAAAGGGACACGGUCUCUCUCAGAAGCAUGCCGGUCCUACUGCUCUCACCCCACUCUGGUAUAGUCACCAGGCCAUACACAAGAAGAGAUUGGUCCUAUGAUUGUCCCCGAUGUGGUGAAUUCCAGUCAACCAUGUUAUCUGAGGCCCUCACAGUCUUUAAUCUGAAUGACAAGCAGUUGACUGAGAUACCAGAAGACAUCCUCACCUCUCCAGACAUAAAGUAUUUACAGCUCAACCACAACGCAAUCAAGGAGCUGCCACGAGAUCUACAAUGUCUCCACAAAUUAGAGAUAUUGUCCAUGGAAGGAAACAUGCUGAAGUGUCUACCUCCAGAAAUAGGUCAUCUAUCCCAACUCCAAGCCUUAAACCUCAGCCAUAACCUUAUAACACUUCUACCGGAUGACAUCUCUUGCUUCCAACAUAUCAGACAGCUCUUUGUCUCCCAUAAUCACCUCACACAAUUACCUUCAUGUAUAGGAAACCUGACAACGUUACAGAUCCUGGGGUUGAGCGGAAACCACCUGAAGUCAUUGCCAGAGUCAAUGGCCAACCUCAAGAAACUUCAUGUGCUUAACCUAGACCAUAAUCAGAUGUCUAUCCUACCCAAAUGCAUCUUCAGGCUCCCACAAUUAGUUAAGCUCUGCCUUUGUGGUAACCAGAUCAAAAAUUUGCCAAAAGAAAUUGGAAGCCUGAAGAACCUGCGCGAACUCUCUCUAAGUAACAAUCAGAUCGCGUUCUUGCCAAUACAGCUGUAUAACUUGACCAACCUAGAAGAACUGAUGAUUGAUGACAACCGACUAACUGGACUAUCAGACAAGAUUGAGCGGCUGCAACAACUCAAAGUCCUUUCCAUUGCCAAUAACUUACUUCAGACUGUCAACGAUAAACUGUGUGGCUGUCAAUGUAUGCAGACUUUAAUCCUGACUGGCAAUCAGUUGUGUUCUCUUCCUGAAAAGAUCCACAAGCUAACCAACUUGACAGAGCUUUACAUUGACAGAAACGUGUUGGAGGUCCUACCUGAGCAACUGGCGCACUUGAAGAAUCUAUCUGUGAUGGCUUGUGGAGACAAUCACCUGCUUCAUCUCCCAAUUGAACUGAACAAUUGUUCUCAGAUAACCAAAUUAGACUUAAGUAGUAACCGGCUGGCAGAAUUCCCCGAAGCUUUGUCCUCCAUGUUUGCUCUGCUACAUUUGAACCUCAACCAUAAUGGGAUUCAAGAAAUUCCGCAAACCAUCAUUUACAACUCGAAGCUAGAAGUUUUAGAGAUCAGUGGAAAUAAAUUACAGGAAUUCUCUAGCUACAUUUGUACACUUCACCAACUCAUUUACUUGGAUCUGAGCAAGAACGAGCUUCAAGGUGUCCCAUCAAAUGUGUCCGCCAUGACGUCCUUGUGCGAUCUUCUUCUCCAUUGUAAUAACUUGAUAAGUUUUCCUCUUGAACUGUGCAGCUUGCAAAAUCUUCAGAGACUCAACCUGUCGGGAAAUCACAUUCAGUCUCUACCUGCGCAGAUCUGUCAAAUGGAGUCACUGAAGGAGCUGGACCUUUCCAACAAUGAUUUCAGAGUUUUCCCAAGAGAAGUGUGCCGUGUUCUGUCCCUGGAAACUCUACAUAUCCGGCAUGGCAGUGGCAUGAAGAUUGCAGAUUUUCCUGGAGAAUUAUGUACAAUGAAUAAUCUAAAGAACCUUGAUAUUUCUGACAACGCUAUAAGAUCCAUUCCAGAAAGCAUUGGAGGAAUGAAAAAUCUUGUCAACAUUACAGCUUCUAAUAAUCAGCUAUCCUGUCUUCCUGCAUCUGUUUCUGUGAUGGAGGGACUCCAGCACAUUAAACUGAAUGGCAACAAGCUGACAUCAUUGCCUGGUGACAUCCAUCGUCUGAAGAAUCUGACGGAGAUAAGUCUUGAUGGCAAUCCCAUGAUGAAACCCCCGCGCCUUGUGUGUGAAGGAAAACAACUGUAUCCCAUUGGGCGUUAUCUACAGGCAGCUGACCUUAUAGAAGACAGGAUCAUGCAAAAAAUCUUCAAAUUAGUCUCUCGUAAGGUGUUCAUGGAAGAUUUUACAUUUUUCUGCAAGAAACUUCGGGUUGAUGAUGAAGACGUCAAAGCUAUAGUAAAGAAUCGAGCGCUACAGUAUCCGGAGAAAAUCCUGCAAGUGUUAAACCUAUGGAGGGAACAAAUACAAGCGGAUAUGGGCCCUGCCGCCAUUACUGAGCAGCUGAUUCGAGUCCUGGUGAUGGCAGAUCUACAUGAAAUUGCCCUAAAAGCCAAGAUGUUAAAGCUUUCUGUAAAAGCAAUAAAAAUCUAAUGUCUCAUCACCGGUCUGUAC